ACCGCGGGGCCAGCGGCGCCGCAGCCUGGGCCGGCCGAGCUUCGCCGCUCCGGCUCGCGCCCCGCCGGCCUGUCGCCGAGUCGGCGUUGCGGGCGGCCCGGCUCUGCUCGGGAUUGCUGUGCUAUGCCUUGUAUGACAAAAGUCCUCUCACCAAGAAUACUUUUGCCUUGACACCUGUGGACGGUCAGACUGUAAAAACACUUUGCUAAGGAGUGCUAAAGUGGCAAUGAAACAGCCCAACAGAAAGAGGAAGCUUAGUAUGGAUUCCAAAGAGCAUUUGAAUCAGGAUGGAUGCUUGGAGCAAGCUGAAGAAGAAAAGAAGCCCAGGGAUGGUGCCACCCCAUUGAGUCACGUCCCCUCAGUGGCUGCACAGGAAGCUUGGUCUUGGGAGCAGUACUUGACGGAACAGAAGGCUAUAGCGGCACCCGUGGAACUAUUUUCCAAGGACCAAUCCUUUCCGGAGCACGAAAAUGGUUUUCAGGUUGGAAUGAGAUUAGAAGGCAUUGACCCCCGACAUCCAUCUGUAUUCUGUGUACUGUCUGUAGCUGAGGUGUGUGGUUACCGCCUAAGACUUCAUUUUGAUGGUUAUUUAAGCUGCUACGAUUUUUGGACCAAUGCUGGUUCCCCUGACAUUCAUCCAGUAGGGUGGUGUGAAAAGACCAAACAUGAAUUGCACAUCCCUAAGGGUUAUAGAAAAGAUAAAUUUGUUUGGAUGGAUUACUUGAAGGCCUGCAAAUUGCAAAAUGCUCCCAAGAAAUUAUUCAGAAACCGGAGUUCUAAUGGGCCAAUGCCUAAAGAAUUUCAGGUUGGAAUGAAGCUGGAGGCCGUCGACAGGAAGAACCCUUCCUUGGUGUGUGUGGCAACCAUAGCAGAUAUUGUUGAAGAUCGCUUACUAGUGCAUUUUGACAAUUGGGAUGAUAGUUACGAUUACUGGUGUGAUGUAAAUAGCCCUUAUGUCCAGCCAGUUGGUUGGUGUCAGGAGAAUGGAAGAACUCUGAUAGCACCCCAAGGUUAUCCUGAUCCGGAAAAUUUUUCCUGGACAGAAUAUCUGGAAGCUACUCAAACUAAUGCUGUUCCUGCCAAAGUUUUUAAAAUGCGGCCACCCCACGGUUUUCUGCCCAGCAUGAGGCUUGAAGCGGUGGACAGACGGAACCCCAGGCUAAUUCGCGUGGCUACAGUCAUCGAUGUGGAUGAGCAGCGGUUAAAGGUUCAUUUUGAUGGCUGGGACCACAAAUAUGACUACUGGAUGGAUGCAGACAGCCCUGACAUCCACCCAAUUGGAUGGUGUGACAUAACAGGGCAUCCCCUGGAAGUACCAUAUCGAGCAAAUGAUGUGAAAAUCCUUCCAGGUCAAGCUGUUUGUCCUACUCCAGGGUGCCGAGGAAUAGGCCAUAUCCGUGGUCCACGGUAUUCAGGACAUCACAGUGCUUUUGGCUGCCCGUAUUCCGACAUGAACUUGAAAAAGGAGGCAACUCUUCAUGACCGUCUGCGAGAACAGACACAGGCAAAUUUGGAAUCUGACUCUUCACAUUCAAGAUCAAAGAACCUCUGUAGUUUGAACUUCAACGGAAAACACGAGAAGGUGAACAGUCAGCCCAGACUUGUACAGCAGGCAAAGUGUUUGAAAAUCAAAGGAAAAGAAGAUAUUGACUUGGAUAAUCUCUUCAGAGCUAAUGGAACCGUCAGGCCCAGCUCUUGCCCACGGAAAAGCCUCCUCUGGCCUCCAUUGCCAAGGUGAUGAAACAGCAGUGCAUGGGGCGCAGACCCCAGCACGCCUGAGAAAGCUGCAUGGGUGUGUGCGCCCCACAGAUGCCUUUCCUGGGCUUUCAUCCAACUCUGUGUUUCUCGGGUAUUUUAGCCCGGACCUGUUUCAUACAUGAAAAUCUCCUGCUCCCUUUAAUGGAAAUCGAAAAUGCAAAAUAACUGAAACAGCGUUGCUUGGAAUAAAUGGAAUCAUUGCACGGCCCCCUCCCUUUCCAUGCUCCUCGCCAACCUUGGCCCCUUAGGCUUACAUUUUCCUGUUUCUCAACCUCUCUUUCAGUUUUACUGUGCUUGUUCUCACAGUGUCAGAUGUGUCUUUUGAGUCCCCCCUGCUCGCUCUGCUCAGUUCUAUGUCUGCAGAAGUGUGAGGCCUUAGUGACACGGGCGAGACGAUUGUCCAGACUUGAGCGAAAACGCAAAGCUACGUACUCGCUGGAUUGCCUAAGAACGUAUUUGCUUUACCUUCUUCACCUUGACUGAAUUCUGAGUACUUAUUCUUCUUAUUUUCAUAAAUAAGAAAGGCCAUCUUCUAAGUAGCUUUUCAAAAAUAGCCUAUCCGUGAUGUGUUGAAUUUUUUUAAAAAACAAGUUCUGGAUUCUGCCUUCAGCAUUCACUCCCCAGGACCGUAAAGCUGGAGCCUCGUGGAACGCACAGGGGUGAGAAGUUGGGACUUCAUCAAAUCCAAUGAGCCUACUGCUGUUUUAUUUUAGAAGCCCUUGAUUGCAUCUCUACCUUGCAGUACCCCUGCAUGGCGUGGUCACCCCUGAAGAAAGCACAGAUGGUGACUGUCAGGCCAUGCAUCAAACUCAGAGCCCUCCUGGAUGCAUUUGUUUUCUCUGGCUGGUGUUGGGAAUUCAGCUAUUUUCCAACCAUUUUUAAAUUAGCCUUAAAUCUGCUUUUGAAAAACCACAUUUCUGGAUGCACCCUCUUCUCAUAAUAACAAAGUCUCACUGAAUCAGAAUGAUGAAAGAGAAGCGUAUCUUAGUUGAGGGAAGACACCUGAAUGUGAGCUGUUUGUAAAGGCCUGUAAAGGUGUGCCAUCUAAAUGUACAGUAAGAUCAUGAUUUUCUUUGUGGAAGAGAAAACUGACUAUUUCAAGGCAAUUCCAAAGAGCAAAACCGGGGCUAAUGGAUAGAGGUUCAAGGAGGCACUGUUACUUCAACCUAAGGAAAGCCCAGCGUGCAUUCAUGGCCGUGCUGGGGCAGAGCGAUUUACCGCAUGGCAGGUGACACUGCUACUGGAGGUGGCGGGGAGGAGAUGGGCUCCUGCCUCAGGAGAAACCCAGAAACCCAGACCCCUUGCCCUCCAAGGGGCCAGCUCAGCGCCAAGUCUGAGCCCACACUGCCAGGAUCCAAAUCCUGCUCCUCCUACUCAUUAACUUUGUAACCUCACGCAACUUACUUAACCCCUCUCUGCCUCAGUUUCCUCACCAUAAUGGGGGUGAUAACUUUGAGGAAUUAAUAUUUAGAGAAAAAAAACUUGUAAGUUAGAGCAAUGAGUUGCAGGUACAUAGUAAGUGCCGUAUGACUGUUAAAUGUAACUAAGGAAAAGAUUUUCUAGGAUGUCCAAAAGACACCAAGGAAGAUCUUUUCUGAAUGCCCCCUUGGUACUAAGCAGUAAACAAGAUGGACACAGGCCCAGAAUCCACACAGCUCACAUCUUGUGCUGGAGAAAGUCAGGUACCCAGCCCACAGCCUGGAGAGGGCUCCCAUGACAGAAGCCUGAAGCAGGGGCUUACUGUGGUCCCUAGAAGCCAGGGAAAGGGCUGCGGGACCAGGACCAGGGAGGUGAGGGAGAUGUUGGGCUUGUGUUCCUAGAAGAGGAAGAGGGAUGAACGGGGGCAGCUGGGGCCUGAUCUUCCUACCAGUAUCCUCAGCUGCUGCUGGCAUUUUGAGGCUCUGCUGAUUUGCUUUAGAGCCAUGAUUCUUUACAGCCGCCAACUCGUUCAUUCAUUCAUUCAUUCAUUCACUUAACUUUAUUAAUAGGUGAGCGUCUAUAAUUUUCUAGUGCAAAACAUAUUUUU